AGCAGGACUUCUGGGAAUGUGAUGGAGGACAUAUUAGCUUGAGGGAGUCGCUUCUGAUAUCACUGAAUUACAACUGCUAUCCACCCUGCUGCUGGAGAUGGCAAACCAGAUCCACUCAUUCUUUGAGACGCACACAGUGGCCCUGUGUAAAGAAAAGACUAUUCCGAUGACCAGGGACAUGCUGACAAGUAAAAAAGAGGAGAGAAAUCACCCUCAAGCUGGAUGCCUCCUCUCGACAAUGGCAUCAGCCAUGAUCAGCCAGCAUGCAUCAGACAUGGGUAAACUGAGGCAAGAACUGAAAAAUGUGCAGAGGGACAUGAAGGAUUUCAAGCGAGAGGUCACGGGGGUGAUCUGUAGAAUGGAAGGCACCCUCAGCCACAUGACAGAGGUGGUAAUAAGCCUGGAAACCAGAAGCAACAAUGUAGAGCAACGGCUGAGGGAAGAAGAAGACAGAGGCAUAGUACGCAACAAAGUCCUCACAUUCUUGUUGACGAGGGAGAAAGAACUGCGUGAGAAAUGUGCUGCUCUAGAGAGAAGACUUUGCAGGAAAAAUUGUCUUGGUAUCUAAAUCCUCAAAGACAUAAAGGGAAAAAAUAAUAGUGUUGUACAUGAGAACUGUUCUGGAUUCUCUAGCAAGAUUAACCUUGGAAUAAUAAAAGUCUCAGGGAGUAGCCAUGUAAAUCUGUAACC